AUGGCUUCAGCAACUAAUAUAAAUCCUUUACUUGAUUAUUUGGAGGAUGGAAAAGCAUAUGAUCUAGAAUUUGGUGAUACAUGGAAUGAUGGAAAUUCAUCGAAAUAUGCAUAUCAUACUAUUAAAUAUGAUUUUAAACCAGCAUCUGUUAUUAAGUCUGAACAAGCAGAAUUAAGUGUUGGUCUAACACAAGAUGUUUCAAUUACAUUACCAAAUGUUGAAGGUUCAUUAACUCAAUCAACGAAAUUUUCUGGUAAUACAAAAUCGUAUACAGCAAAAGAAUGUUUAAUGGUAAUUGAUCCACAAACUGGAAAAAUUGUUAUCGAACGUUUAUCAGCAAAUGUUCGAGUCAAAAAUGUUCGAAUGGAAAAUCGUCCUGGAAAUCCACCAGUGAAAACUGCAAUUCCACCACGUGCAACAGUUACUGAACCUCAAACAGAGAAAAAAGCAUCUAAAACAGCAACAGCAACAACUAGUAAAGUAACAACACAAAAAGUAACUAAUCCAAAUAAACCAAUACUCAAUGCACCUGUUAAACCAAUGCCAACAAAACGAACCACAUCUCCUAUGGAUGAUCGAUUGAGUGAUGAAGAAUCUUCACCAGAUCAAACAACAACAACAACAACUAUUCCUACAUUUACAUCAAAUCCUGCACCUGUACAAACAAAUGUAUUAGCUAGACGUACAUCACAUACAACACUAGAGCAAGAUCUUCAACUUAGUGAUACAACGGAUGAAGAUGAUUAA